CUUAAUGAACUUCAAUGUCUUACGAAUGUUAUUAAUUUGUGGAUGUUUGCUUUGUUGUCCGGUCGUGUCGCUUCAAAAAUGUUUAAUUUUCUGAAAGGGAUGAAAAGAAAGAGGUUUUUCAUUUGUGUCGUCAUAUUGUGCUAGAAGCGUCAACUAACAACAUCAACUGAUUUGACUGUUUAGACUCUGUAAUUUUAGCUGUUUAAAGGCUCUAAAACUUAAAACAGCUGGUGACGCUAACACGUUGCAUCGCUUAGUCGUUUCUCAGUUGUAAAUGAAUAUAAAUAAUUUUAUGUUACGUUUUUAAAUAUGUUUAAUUGGAGUGCAAUAAGUCAGCUAACAGGUGCUAGCUUCGGGUGCUAACACUACUGUGGUUACUGUGGCGCGAGCUCCGUCACUUCGUGUUUGCUACGUGUACGAGUUUUUUAACCGUCAAAGGCAUGAUACAAAAGAGUUCUUCAGUAUUCUGCACUGCAAAAUGGCACGUGGUGUAGCUGAUAGAUGUUCGUGUUGGUCAGCCUUACGUGUGAUAUUCGGCAAAGAUAGUUUCUGUGAUACACCACGAACGUGGUGUUCACUGAGGGGGUUUUUAUGACAGUCAGGGAGCGAGGUUAGUCAGUAAAACGACAGUUUUGAAUGAUGACGCGUAUGCGUUUGAAUAUUGCCAUACAUCAAUAUGUAAUAUAUUGGAUGUUUACUGCUGCGGAAGAUUGUGAAUGAACAAACACUGACACCCCAAAGAUCAACUGCCAUAAAAAUGGUGAAUUAAGUGUGCAGUUAAACUACAUGAAAUGAUUGACUUUUUUAUGACAGAGUUGCACCUGUUGCACCUGUACUUUUUCAAGCGAUGUUAAGUGAUGCUUUAAUUGUCAUGGAUAGUACAUGUGGUGCUUAAAUGUGUUUCAAUGUUUAUUUUCUUAAAUGUCAGUGUGCUACUUAUUGUUUAAUAGAAAACUUCCUUUACACCCGCCUUUGUUCUGUUGUCACCUAUGGCUGCUCACCUCCUCCAUCUUAAUCUCACCAUCAUCAUCAUCAUUCAUCAUCACUGCGGGCGUCGUAGGUAGUUACUAAUGACUGGCUGCCGACACGCGGGGCGUGCCCCAGUUACUGUGUGCAUGUUUCCGUGAGAAGGAGGCGAACUCUGCUGAAGAUUGAAACAUGGAGACCAGACAAGAACUGCUCAGAGGUUUGGACAGAGAGGAGGAAGCUGCGGCCUCUAAUGCCCCUCAGGACCUUGCUAGCCAGACUCGCGCUCAGAGAUCAGAGCAACUCACAUCUAAUGCUGCAGAACAAGAAGACGGAGAUGGCAGGUCGAUGGAUAAACUCAUUGACUUCAAAGGUGGACAGGAGUGUGCAGAUGACAGGAUCUUUCAGGAGGAACCAGAAGAGUCUUCUGGAGAGAGAGAGGAUCAACAGGUCUCAGACCUGCGUGUCCAGCAGCAUCAGACAGAUCUGGACUCCACACUUCAGCUGCUUGAGGAGACUGUCAUGACCCUGGUCAAGAAGGAAGUGAGGAGCGUCCAAAGAUUCCUCAGUCCAGAUGAUCCCAAAUACCAGGAUGAGGAGGAGGAGGUGAAGUUGAAGUGUGACGAGGAGCAGAUGAGGAGCAGCAGAGAAGCUUUCCUGGACUUCAUCAUGAACCUCCUGAGGAGCAUGGAGGAGGUGGAGCUUGCUGAUCGUGUGUGGAGCAGAAGUCGUGCUGGAGCGUGUGCAGAGCGACUGAAGAGGAGCCUGCAGAAGAAGUUCUAUGGUGUGUUUGAGGGUGUCGCUAAAGCAGGAAACUCUGCCCCUCUGAAUCAGAUCUACACAGAGCUCUACAUCACUGAGGGGGGCAUAGACCAGGUCAACCAGGAGCACGAGGUCCGACAGAUCGAAGCAGCAACCAGGAACCAGACCAGAGCAGAAACUACCAUCAGACAAGAAGACCUCUUUAAAGCCUCACCUGAGAGAGAGGGACCAAUCAGGAGCCUGCUGACAAAGGGCGUGGCUGGCAUUGGGAAGACCCUCCUGACACAGAAGCUGACUCUGGACUGGGCUGAAGACAAAGCCCACCAGAACUUACAGCUCGUGUUUCCUUUCACCUUCAGAGAGCUGAACCUGCUGAAAGAGAAGCAGUUGAGUUUGGUGGAACUUGUUCAUCGCUUCUUUCCUGAAACCAAAGACUCAGGACUCAGCAGCUUUGAAGGAGUCCAGGUUCUGUUCAUCUUGGAUGGUCUGGACGAGUGUCGACUCCCUCUGGACUUCAACAGUCGGUUCCUGACAGAAGCUACAGAGUCCACCUCAGUAGACGUCCUGCUGACCAACCUCAUCAGCGGGAAGCUGCUUCCCUCAGCUCAGCUCUGGAUCACCACACGACCUGCAGCAGUCAAUCAGAUCCCUCCUGAGUGUGUGGACAUGGUGACAGAGGUCAGAGGGUUCACUGACCUCCAGAAGGAGGAGUACUUCAGGAAGAGGUUCAGAGAUGAGGAGCAGACCACCAUCAUCUCUCACAUCAGGAGCUCACGAAGCCUCCACAUCAUGUGUCACAUCCCCAUCUUCUGCUGGAUCACUGCCACAGUUCUGGAGGACAUGUUGAAGAGCAGAGAGAGCGGAGAGCUGCCCAAGACCCUGACUGAGAUGUACAUCCACUUCCUGGUGGUUCAGGCCAAAGUCAAGAAGCUCAAGUACCAUGGAGGAGCAGGGACAGACACAGUUUGGGAUCCUGAGAGCAGGAAGAUGAUUGAGUCUCUGGGAAAACUGGCUUUUGAGCAGCUGCAAAGAGGAAACUUGAUCUUCUAUGAAUCAGACCUCACAGAGUGUGGCAUCGACAUCACAGCUGCUGCAGUUUACUCAGGAGUCUUCACACAGAUCUUCAGAGAGGAGAGAGGACUGUACCAGGACAAGGUCUUCUGCUUCAUCCACCUGAGUCUUCAGGAGUUUCUGGCUGCUCUUCAUGUCCACCUGAAGUUUUUCAACUCUGGAGUCAAUCUGCUCCAUUCACAACAAACUUCUAUUGUGAUAAGAAUAUUUAGAAACAAGCAUCUUGCAGAACAAUUCUACCAGAGAGCAAUAAAUGAAGCUGUAGAAAGUCCAAAUGGACAUUUGGAUUUGUUCCUGCGCUUCCUUCUGGGUCUUUCACUGCCGAGCAGCCAGAGGCUCCUUCAGGGUUUGUUGACAAAAACAGGAAGUAGCUCCUGGACCCAUCAAGACACAGCAGAGCUCAUCAAGAAGAAGAUAAGUGAGAAAGUGUCUCCAGAGAGAAUCAUCAAUCUGUUCCACUGUCUGAGUGAAGUGAAGGACACUUCUCUAGUGGAGGAGGUCCAACAGCAGCUGAGAUCAGGACGUCUCUCCACAAAGCAACUGUCUCCUGCUCAGUGGUCCACUCUGGCCUUCAUCUUACUGUCCUCAGAGGAAGAUCUGGAGGUGUUUGACCUGAAGAAAUUCUCAGCUUCAGAAAGGGCUCUUGAGAGGCUGCUUGUGGUGGUCCAAGCUUCAAAAGCUGUUCUGCUUAAAGUCUGUAAUCUGUCAGAGAGAAGUGGUUCCCUUCUGUCAUCAGUGCUCAGCUCUCCGUCCUCUUGUCUGACACAACUGGAUCUGAACUACAACAAUCUGAAGGAUCCAGGAGUGGAGCUGCUGUGUGCUGGACUGAAGAGUCCACACUGUCACCUGGAGACUCUCAGCUUGAGCAGGUGUUUCCUGUCAGAGAGAAGUGGUUCCCUACUGUCCUCAGUCCUCAGCUCUCCGUCCUCUCGUCUGACACAACUGGACCUGAGCUACAAUGACCUGAAGGAUCCAGGAGCGGAGCUGCUGUGUGCUGGACUGAAGAGUCCACACUGUCACCUGGAGACUCUCAGCCUGAGCUGGUGUUUCCUGUCAGAGAGAGGUUGUUCCCUUCUGUCCUCAGUCCUCAGCUCUCCGUCCUCUCGUCUGACACAACUGGACCUGAACUACAACAAUCUGAAGGAUCCAGGAGUGGAGCAGCUGUGUGCUGGACUGAAGAGUCCACACUGUCACCUGGAGACUCUCAGCCUGACAAGGUGUUUCCUGUCCGAGAGAAGUGGUUCCCUUCUGUCCUCAGUCCUCAGCUCUCCGUCCUCUCGUCUGACACAACUGGACCUGAGCUACAACUACGACCUGAAGGAUCCAGGAGUGGAGCAGCUGUGUGCUGGACUGAAGAGUCCACACUGUCACCUGGAGAAUCUCAGCCUGAGCAGGUGUAAUCUCUCAGGGAGAAGUGGUUCCCUUCUGUCCUCAGUCCUCAGCUCUCCGUCCUCUCGUCUGACACAACUGGACCUGAGCUACAAUGAUGAUCUGGAAGAUCCAGGAGUGGAGCCGCUGUGUGCUGGACUGAAGAGUCCACACUGUCACCUGGAGACUGUCAGUCUGUCAGGGUGUAGCAUCUCAGAGAGAGGCUGUGCUUCUCUGGCCUCAGCUCUGACCUCUAACCCCUCCCAUCUGAGAGAGCUGGACCUGAGCUUCAACCAUCCAAGAGGACCAGGACUGGAGCUGCUGUCUGCUGGACUGGAGAGUCCAGACUGGAGGCUGGAGACUCUCAGGUUGGAUCACUGUGGACCACAGAGGUUAACAUCUGGACUGCAGAGAUACUUCCGUCCACUCUCACUGGACCCAGACACAGCUCACCGGCGCCUCCUGCUGUCCAACAACAACAGCAUGGUGGAACUAGUGACGGAGGAUCAGGAUUAUCUGGACCAUGACGACAGGUUUGAGCGGUGUCCUCAGGUGAUGAGCAGAGAUGCUGUGACUGGUCCCUGUUACUGGGAGCUGGAGUGGAGAGGAAGAGUUUCUGUGGCAGUGACUCUCAGGAGAGACGGAGGGAAGGAAGACGAGUCUGAGUUUGGACAGAACCCUUAUUCCUGGAGUCUGAGCUGCUCUGAUGAUGCUGGAUAUAAAUUCUGUCACAAUAAGGGAGAAAGUGUCGUCGAGAGCUCAGAAGUCUCCCACAGAGUAGCAGUUGUGGUGAACUCAGCUAGAGGGGUUUUGGAGUUUUCCAGAGUUUCCUCUGGAAUUCAAACCCCCCUCCUCAUCUUCUUCACCCCCACUGAACCUCUGUACCUGGGAUUUGGACUCAGAGAGGUUCCUGGUUCUGGUUCCUCAGUGCGUCUGUGUGACCUGAGUGUGUGAGUGUGUUCCUCCAACAUACUGGCUAGUUCACAUCCCCAUCCACUGACAGUGAGGAAUAAAGAAAGCUGCUUCUGAAUCAAACGCGUUCAUCUAAAGAGAAGAUCAAAACAAUGUAUGACUUCACCACAUUCUCAAACCUUCCUAUUCUUUUUCACUGUGGACAGAUCACAUGACAAUAUUCAUUCAUGAACUGUUUGUCCCCAUGUUUGUGACGUCACCCAGAUUUUAAUUUUGUGAAGUGUUAGUGUUAAAUCAACUUUUCUGUAUCUUUUUUGUUUUACUAAUAUGUUCAUUGUCAUUUUCCGUGUUUCAUAUACCACACAUGAAAAUAGGACAGAAGACAAACACGGGCCAUAGAAAGCCUCAACAGGCACUCACUUAAACACAACAUGAAUAAACUCGGUAAAAUGCC